UUUUAGUAAGAAAACACCCACAUGGCCUGGCUGGACCUCCAUGGUUGUCAUUGAAGUUGGUAGGAAAGAUCAGAGAGAACCAAAAAGAAGAAAAAGAUUAUUUGGAGUUAAUUGUUUGUAUUAUAAAACAGUUUGAUGUUUCGGUUGGAGUAUUUUUACGGAUUAAACUUGCAAUAAUGUAAUGUAACACAAACUUCUAAAAGAACCCAAUGAGUAUGCUUCAAAUUGAAGGGACCCACACCAUGCAUGUGCUUCCAGAGCUGCCAUUAAUACCCAUGUCCAGUUUUCAAAGCCCCUUUGCUUGUCCUUUCUUUAUCUCCCUCAUCAUCAUGCCUUUGAACACAUUAUUAUUUUAAGGGGACUGAAUUGGGUUGCUUCUUUUCUUUAAUGGGUUAUGACUGGCUUUGGUUUCGUCCCUUCUGAUUCCAUCAAGUUCGAAUUUUUGGAAUCUCCCUGGUCGGUCGGGCUUCUGCUGUAAUAAACUAUGACAUUGUUGGUUGUAACUAGAUGAGGGUUUCUUUAUUUUCUGGGACAUAGUUGGAGGGGUUGACCUAAACUUUGUGUCGGUAUCUCGAGCAAGUCUGAGAUUGGGGUCUCUGUUAGGGAAUUUUUUGGAAUUCAAUUUUGUUUUAAGAAAAUGGGGUAUGUCUAUGUCAUGUUGGAGUGGUUUUUAGGGUUUCUUUUAUGGAACUGACAUAAUGUUUUUUGAAGAAAUCGGUCUCUUAUUUGGUAUAUCUUCUAUCCAUUUUGGGAGAUUCUUUGCAUUCUAAGUUUUGCUUGAAGAUUUUCACAGAGUUUACAGAACUUAGGUCGAGGCCUUUGGGGUUUUGGUAUUUGGGAAACUGGGUUGCAGUUCAGCCCCAAUAGUCCUAAACUCUGGUCUGGUUUGGGGUUGGGGAAUUUCCAUUGUGAAAAAAAUGGCUUGUAUGAAACUGGGUUCCAAAUCUGACGCCUUCCAGAGGCAAGGGCAAGCCUGGUUCUGCGCAACUGGGCUUCCUAGCGAUAUUAUCGUUGAAGUUGGGGAUAUGUCCUUUCAUCUACACAAGUUUCCUUUGCUCUCUAGAAGCGGAGUUAUGGAAAGAUUGAUUGCUGAAGCAUCUGAAGAAGGGGAUGAAAAAUCAUGCAUAAAUCUUCCUGACAUUCCAGGCGGGCCUAAAACAUUUGAAUUUGUGGCCAAGUUUUGUUAUGGGGUGAAACUUGAACUUACUGCUUCUAAUGUAGUAUACCUUCGAUGUGCUGCUGAGCAUCUCGAGAUGACUGAGGAACAUGGGGAGGGCAAUCUUAUUUCACAGACAGAAACAUUUCUUAAUCAAGUAGUCCUGCGAAAUUGGAAAGACUCUCUAAGGGCUCUUCAAACUUGUGAUGACAUCCUUACCUAUGCUGAUGAACUCCAAAUUACAAAAAGGUGCAUUGAGUCCCUAGCUAUGAAGGCUUCCACUGACCCAAAUCUUUUUGGGUGGCCAAUAACGGAACAUGGGGGACCAAUGCAGAGCCCUGGCGGGAGUGUCUUAUGGAAUGGGAUAAGUACUGGGGCUAGACCUAAAAACUCAAGUAUAGAUUGGUGGUACGAGGAUGUAUCAACAUUAAGUUUUCCCCUGUAUAAGAGGUUGAUUGCAGUCAUGGAAUCUCGUGGUAUCAGACAAGAAGUUAUUUCUGGUUCCCUUACUUCUUAUGCUAGAAAGUACCUACCUGUGUUGAACCGGCAUCAGGUUGUAAAUGAUUCUAGCAGUCGACUUGAACCUGUGGGCUUGGGAGCCAUGGUGUCAGAGGAAGAGCAGAGAUUUCUGCUGGAAGAUAUUGAUAGAUUACUUCCAAUGCAGAAGGGCCUUGUCCCAACCAAGUUCCUCUUUGGACUACUUCGAACAGCCAUGAUUCUUCGAGCAAGCUCUUCUUGCAUAUCGAACUUGGAAAGGAGGAUUGGGAUGCAGCUUGAUCAGGCAACAGUAGAAGAUCUCUUGAUGCCUAAUUUCUCUUAUUCCAUGGAGACACUAUACAAUGUUGAUUGUGUGCAACGGAUUCUUGAGCACUUCCUUGCCAUGGAUCAGAUUACAGGUGGAGCCUCGCCAUGUUCAGUUGAUGAUGGCCAGUUGAUUGGGUCACCUUCAUUAACACCAAUCACGAUGGUAGCUAAGCUGAUUGACGGGUAUCUUGCUGAAGUUGCCCCUGAUGUUAAUUUGAAGCUUCCCAAGUUUCAAGCUCUUGCUGCUUCUGUUCCUGAUUACUCCAGGCCCUUGGAUGACGGUCUCUAUCGUGCAAUAGAUAUUUAUUUGAAGUCACACCCAUGGUUGGGAGAGUCAGAGCGAGAACAACUAUGCAGGCUGAUGGACUGCCAGAAGCUAUCAUUGGAAGCUUGCACCCAUGCUGCACAGAAUGAGAGAUUGCCACUGAGAGUAGUAGUCCAAGUCCUCUUCUUUGAGCAGCUACAACUUCGGACGUCCAUUGCAGGUUGCUUUCUUGUUUCUGAUAAUCUUGACGGGUCAAGGCAGUUAAGAAGUGGGGUUGCAGGGUCAUCGGAAGGAGGAUGGACAACAGCUGUGAGAGAGAACCAGGUGUUGAAAGUCGGAAUGGACCACAUGAGGAUGCGAGUAUGUGAGCUGGAGAAGGAGUGUUUGACUAUGAGGCAGGAAAUUGAAAAGUUGGGACGGGUUAAGGGUUCGAGUGCUUGGGAAAAUGUUUCGAAGAAACUGGGUCUUAAGAUGAAAUCUCAGAUGUGCAGUGCUCAAGAGGGUUCAGUUAGUAAACAAAAAAAUGGGAAUGGGAAGAACAGACAUGGGAAGCAUAAGAAAACCUUCACUCCAGAUCCAGAGGCUUAAGACCAUUUCCACUAAUUCCUUGUUUUGUGCAAUAUUGCUUUAACAGACUACAUCCGAAAUCUCCUAGGAACUGUGUGCAUUAGGGUUUUUACUGUUGAUUCUUCGUUCCUUUACACCUCUUCUCAUCUAGCAACUGACUCAACUAUAUGGAAAAAGGAAUUCAACUGUAUAAUUUCGUUCUUCGACUGUACUAGUCCAUACUUGCUGGUAACAUACCCUAUUGCUAUAGGACCCGCAUAGUAUUGACAAUUUUAUACUGGCUCAAAUAACGGUUAAUAUCGA